AGAGGAGCGGAGCGCUACUCCCUGGCCAGCAAGCAGCCCCCAACCUGGAUGGAGUGAAAGAUGCGGCCUGACGACAUUAACCCGAGGACUGGGCUGGUGGUGGCCCUGGUCAGUGUCUUCCUGGUCUUUGGUUUUAUGUUCACCGUCUCUGGGAUGAAAGGGGAGACUCUGGGAAACAUCCCCCUCCUGGCCAUCGGGCCAGCCAUCUGCCUGCCAGGCAUUGCGGCCAUUGCCCUGGCCAGGAAGACCGAGGGAUGCACCAAGUGGCCGGAUAAUGAGCUGCUAUGGGUCCGCAAAUUGCCCUGCUUCCGGAAACCUAAGGACAGGGAGGUGGUGGAGCUGCUGAGGACCCCUUCAGACCUGGAGUCAGGCAAGGGAAGCUCAGAUGAGCUGGCUAAGAAGGCGGGCCUCCGGGGGAAGCUUCCCCAACAGGGGCAGGGUGAGGUGCCUAUGGCCAGCUCCAUCACCACCGUCACACCCACGGAGGAAGGAGAAUGCCAGAGCCUGGUCCAGAGCGGGCAUCAGGAGGAGACAUCCAGAUACCUGGACGGCUACUGCCCAUCUGGCAGUUCCCUCGCCUACAGUGCCUUGGACGCCAAGUGCUCAGCCUGGGACAGAUCUGACUGCCCUGAGCCCGAGGACAGCAUCUUCUUUGUGCCCCAAGACAGUAUCAUUGUUUGCUCCUACAAGCAGAACAGCCCCUAUGACAGAUACUGCUGUUACAUCAAUCAGAUCCAAGGCAGGUGGGACCACGAGACGAUAGUCUAAGCUCUGCAUACAAGGGUCACUAUAUUGAUAG